AUGGAUUUGUUUUUUGGCAACAUCGUGGGGGACGGGUGCGGCAAUAAUUACAUUCAGAACACCAACACGGAGAACUUCAACUCCGUUUCUCUCGGCAAGACGAACGAAUUCUCCGAUGCAUUGGGGGUGAUAGGCGAUGAGAGGGAAUGUGCGGAGGAGGGCUUCAUUGGCGGGGAGAUCAAAGCGGAGGCCACGCACUCGCCCCCCCUCAAUUCCUGCGCCACCUCCUUUUUGCACUCGAUCACGAGCAACGUGACGGAUCCGAGACUGCCGAGUGGCGUGAGGGGCGGCAACGCUUACGACGAGGGCGCAUGGAUGACGGACGUCGUCUCCUCGACGCUUCCCAUGACGACGCUGGAUGCCAGAACUUCCGUUGAAUCAUCCUUCGCGGCGAAGAACUCGGAGGCCGAGGCGUCAGUGACGGCAAAUUUAACAACGGUGAUCACGCCGAAGUCGACACCAACGAACAUGGCAAUAAACUCUCAGCAAACGUCAGCGACGGGUGACACUAUGCGGCUUACGGUGCGCAACAACGUGUAUGUCAGUGAACUUCCAGCACACUGGAAUACAGACAAAUUGCGGAGUGUCUGCAGCGCUUUUGGAACGAUCAUCUCCGCCAAAGUAGUCCACGACGGGGCGACGAACAAAUCCAGAGAAUACGGUUUUGUUAUGUUUGAGACCGAGGAGCAAGCAGCCUUGUGUGUGGAGUCACUUAAUAACUGUUCCAUGGCUGGGAGGGUGUUGGCGUGUCGCCUAGCACACGAAAAGGCGAUGCCUGCUUUUGCCCACGCUGAGAGUAUUUCUUGGAGUCCCUGCACCACCACCAACGCGACCCCCUCCACCGGCUUUAUCACCCCGCAAGAGGGCCCAAUUGAAUCGGGACGGCAUUUCAAUCCGGAAUUUUUUGAGGCAUCCUACACCCCGCCGCAGAAUGGGCAACCUAACAACACAAUUGACCAAAAUGCCUACUCAGGAUUACGUAAAAGCCGCAAUGUGUUUAUUCAGGGACUGCCAUUGCACUGGAAUACGGACAAACUGCGUGGGUUGUGUGGCACAUGCGGAAGAGUCCUACGGGCCAAAGUGGUGCGUGAUGCGACGACGAGCCUUCCGUGUGGUCAUGGAUUUGUGUUGUUUGAAACGGAAGAACAGGCAUCUGCUUGCGUCGCGACGCUGAAUGGUUUUGUGGCUGAGGGACGCACAUUGACCUGCCGUUUGACACGUGAAAAACGAUCUUCUUUGCAAUUCUCUAUGUCGAAUGCGGACGGUCUCACAACAACACCCGGAAUGCCGCCCCUGUCACCCUCCGGACGGACGUCUGUCAACACGGAAUCACUCGUUACGCCUUCAACAAAUGUCUUGGCACCCAUCGGAAUCGUAGAGGCGGUAGCCACUCCUCAAAACGCUGCCUUCAUGUCUGUUCCAAAUUACGGCAAGUGGCCCCCAGUUGGCAUGGUUCCUAAUUGUGCAGGGGGCGCUCUCCCGCAGACACUACAGCAUGCAGGUCUAACAUCGUCCCCCUCGUUUCUCGGUCAUGCCACACUGGCGACACCACAGUCUUACGCCACGGUCGCAACGGCGGGGAACAUCCCGGGUUUCGCGGCGCAGCCCACGGAGUACGGUAUAGUUCCGGGCAUGGAAGGUCAAUUUGCACCUUUUUCAAAUGUUUCAAACGCCUACAUUAUCACACUGCCGUACAGCCCCGCAGGAAUGGGGCAGGUUACAGGCUCCACCAAUUCCUCACUUGCCACCGUUGCCCUCGCCGCCACCGCCUUGCCAUUGCCGAUGGGAACCGCCGGGAAUUCAACGGGGGGCGCAUCCGUUGUUCCCUCAGAGCUUGUGGGAGGUUACAUUGGACGCCCCUGA